UUCCCUAUUAUUCCGCAUUUUAGAUCGUUCGUAUUCUUAUUUCUUCUUUCUACAUGUCUAUCUUCUAACAUAGUAAGUAAACCUGUUUUGUUACAUCUUUUUAGAAAAAUAUAUCUUAUUUUAACCUUCAGUUUUAUUCCCGAUGAGUUUUCAAUAAAAUGUAACUAUUUUCGUUUUCGCACAUUUUUUAUUACGUCGUUUGAGGAAAUAACUCGUUUGUCCAAUAAAAAUUUGAAUGGAAAACCGUAAAAUUACGACCUGUUUACAUUUCUUCAAUAGUUUAUAUACAACACUGAUAAUGAUGUGCUAGACACCAUGCUUGUUCCAGGGAUAUCAAGCAGCGAGAAUGUCCCAUCAUGCCACUCAAACCUCCCUACCCCUCUCUAAUAAUGUUCACGAACUCCGGCAACUCCAAGAGGAAAACCAGCUGUUACACGGAAAAAUUCGAGGAUAUGUAACUUUAGGAAAUUUGCUACUUGAGAAAAAAGAAGAGUGUCAAACACUUCAGGAGGAAAAUAAAGCUCUCCGUGAGAAGUUAGAAUCGAUACAAAAAACCAGCCAAUCAUCAUCUGACGUAAUGGAAAACGAAAUAGAGAAGCAGCAGACGGUUUCUACAAAGGACAAAAACCAAACCGCCACCCCAGGUAACGUCAUCCAACACAACCGCGUUACGGAACAUUUCCCCAGCUACAUUCACAAUCAGACAGCAACACUCGCCUCACUCCCAGAAGAUGAUCCCACACAAGCUAAGCCCGUUCUGGAUGACAAGAUGCCAACACAAGAGUCGCUAGAAUUCGAGAACCAUUCGACAAAAAAUCGAAGUACACGCACCUCGGAAUCAGCUUCCAGUUUUGAGAGGAUAGACCCUACCCCUUCAGGAUCACUUUUCGAAAUCAUUCCCAAUCAGGCCCAAAUGUCAGACAACUUAAACCGCCAGCUCUCAACGAAGGUCAACUAUAGUUCCAGUAAUAGCUUCAAUUUGAUGGAGUUUCCAUCAGUAACUGAGGCAAAUCAGGUCAUUAGCAGCCCCCAGGAAGAACUUUUUGAUCCACUGAUCGUUCAAAACUCAAAUGAAGCCCCAAAAGAAGAAGAAACCAUUCUGAGUAUCAAGGUAAGCCAGGUAGCGGUUGCCAUGGAUCUGACCACAGAUGGCCCCGCCGAGAAGAUGAGAAAAUUUUUGGAGGAGCUUGUACCAGAAAUAGAAAAACAAGAAGAGGAUACCAAAAAGUUCAAGACAUGCAAUUUAGCUCUGAAAGAGGAAUUGGAACUGCAAAAGUCUCAGAAUCGUCGUCUGCUGCAAAAAAUCCAACAACUGGAGCAUCAGGUCAACAACCUGAGUCCCUCCUCCUCUCUGUCCUCACAGACACAGGUUCUGGACUGGGAACAGCACAGACAUACAGAGACACAGAAAAUAGAAAAUGGAAGAGUCAGUGGAAGAGAACAGGAAACUAUUGAAAAAUAUCAGAAAGAGAUCCAGAAAUGGCGAGACUUAUUCAGCCAGUGGACGAGGGACAAAGAAAAGUUGAAGGCAGAGACUGACCAACUGAAGGAGGAGAUCACAAGCUAUAAGUCUCAGGACCAGAAACGACAGGAGGAAUUCGACAAGAUCCUUUUGAACGCAAAAGAAAGAACUACAGAAGCAGAGGCUAGACGAGAAGAUUUACAGCAAAGACUAGACAGACAGGUCAUAAGAGUGGAGGCUUUAGAGGCAGAGAUUUAUCAAGACAAGGAAGUCAUCACCAGACUCAACAGGGAAAAAAGUGCUCUAGAAGCUGAGGUCACUGUCCUAAGGGGGACGGGAAGUACCAGUGGAUUGAUUGGUCUAACUGAGGGCCCCAGUAGAGAAGACCUGAAACAGGAAAACGCAGUCCUCAGGGAACAGUUGACAGUUUUUAAAGAAGACUUUGAUAGAGAAAGAAGUGAUCGUGCUCAUGCUCAGUCUGUUAAGGACGAUCUCAGGAAACAAAUGGAAGCUGACCAAAGGAAAGUUAGGACUCUACAAGAUCAGCUGAAGGGGUUUGAGAGACAGCUUCGCAGUGCAGAAAAAAAUGUGAAACAAACCAUGACAGAAAAUGUACAACUGCAUUCAGAAAAUCAAAAGCUUAAGAAAGAGCUUCAGCGUGAGAAGGAGGUCAACAGCCAGCAGCAGUACUACCACCAGAUGACCAGUCGCCCGCCCAUGGGGGAGUAUCUCAACCCCUAUAGAGGUCAGCCAGAGUCGGACCCAAUGGCACAGCCUGUAGCCCCAUACUUGUUCCAAACAGGACGACAUCAGAACGCAUCGACUGAGUACUCACGACCCCAAAUGACAAACAAAGCCCAGCUGUGUCCGGAGCAGCUUCCCGGGGCCUGGAACUGUCCAAAUUGUACUUACACAAACCAUCCCUCUCGGACUGUCUGUGAAAUUUGUGGCAGUGUGUUCACCAGAGAACAACUUCAGAACUUCUACCAGCAGAAUGCAAAUCAAUCCCAGCACUUGAUGGCGCGAGGAGACACGAUGACGCCCGUGGGAGAGGAUCCACCAGAUCUCUGUACUGACUCCGGACUGAAGCCAGUCAACUGUCAUUAGUGUAAGCCAUUAAUUAUCAAUAGUCCACGUAGAACUAACCCCACAUAGUGGCAAGACAGGGUCAUGCCUCAGUCUGUUUUGAAACUGAACAAUAGUCUGUCGUGCAGUUGUUACACAAAAAAUACCAUGACGCGAACCCGCUCUGUGGCUUUUGUUUGGGUUAAUACCUGCACAAGAAUUUCUCAAUCCAAGAAAUGUGAUAAUGAUGUCAGUUUCACUUCUGUCAAUAUCAUGUUUCUUGGAUUGAUACUGUAAAAGUGUUUAUUUACAGGUGGGGUAAUUUUACAUUAAUUACAUGGUCACAUGUAUAGUUAUAUAUAUUUGAUAUAAUAUCUAUUAUAUUCAGUUGCCGCAUAUUUCCCCCCCACACGAAAUGUUGGAUGUGGAAAAACGUGUACUUAACCCCCAGUGUCAAUAACCACUUUUACAGUAAAUCCUUAUGUUUAACCAAAACAAAUGUAAUUUUGUACAGUAUUUUGUUGUAUGAUGAUAUUAUAAGAAAGUCUAAAUUAAAGCAUUACUUGAAGCACUUGCUUCUUCAUGUUAUCCCAUGAUAUCCCAAUGCCACGAAGCAGCUAUCCCAAUGUGCAAUAAUAUCAAUGUCACAACACCAUUCAAACCAGUUACGAACAAGAAAGCAGUCAUGUUUAGUUCGUAGGAACAUGUGAGGGUGAUAUAACAAUCCAAAGAUGUAAACAAAACAAAAUUUGGGCUGAUCACAUGGGAUUGCACAGGUAUUAUGGGAAUUUGUGAAUAUAAAUUUCUUGGGUACAGCCAAUGAAAUUACAGCAUAUUACCCAGUCAUAAAAGUGUGCGUUGUGUUUCGGUAAAAGAUUGACCUCACUUUGAAAUUUUCUUUGUUGCAGAUUCUUCAAAUUAUUACAUACAGCCAGUUUGACAAUACAAAUGACAGUUGAGUGUCUUCUGCUGUUCCUCCAUCUGUGAAGAGACUAACACCAGUCACUCCAAAUAACCAACACUUUAAUCUCAGUAUGUUUUGGAAGUACCAAAUAUUUCAAUGUCAAGCUCAAAAAGCUUGCCAUUGAAAUAUUUUGUACUUCCAAAAUCACUGAGAUUAAAAAAAAACUCCAAUCAAAUAUUACCCCAAAUAUUUGAACUUUCUAUUUUGGCCCAUUCGGCAUGAUGGAGGUAUAGUGAUUAUGGGUGUCUGUGGCAGUUUAUGAUUUCUGUCUGAAGAUCACGUUUGGAUAUGUUAUUGUACAGAGAGGAGACCACCAUGGACUCAGAGUUAAGAGAAAUUGUUGGAAAUUGUUUGUAUAACUUUCAGACCACGGCAGACAAAUGGAUAACAUGGCGAGAUGUGAGAAACUGCUAGUGUAAUAUUUAGACAUAGAAAGGAAAAUGGAUAGGACGAAAUUGACGUGAUGUGAGAAAUUCCUGUUGUAACAUUCGGAUCAUGAGAGGUGUAAGGAUCGCGUGGGACGGAAACCCAUCACUGGGCAUGUGGCACUGUCUUCAUAUGUACGGUGGAAAAGAUGAUGACAAAAACAGAAAAAGUCACAGAUUGACCUUGUAAAUGUAUAUCAGUAUGGAAAAUGAUGUCUAAAUGCAAACAUCUCGUUUGUAACAGAGGAAAAGAAGUAAAUUUGACUCUCAAUCUUCACAAGAGAUACACAUAAUACUGUUUUUAUACAUUUCAGUUUGCAGGAAUGCAAUCUUUUAGGAGUGUUUCAUUGUUUUCAAACAGGCAUACACACCUUUUUAAAGGGACUGAUUCACGAUUUUCCUCAAAAUUUUCUUUUUCACUUUUAAUGAUCAAAAUGUAUUGUCUAAUGUGUUUAAAAGAUUUCACAUAAAAAUUAAGGUUAUACAUUUAUCACAAAAGCUCAAUUUAGAGAGUUUAUUAUUUGUUUUUGUAAACAAAGAUUGUGGUAUACUAUUGUUUACGAAAUUUUCGAAAGAAAUGGAUUUCUAUCUAAAUUUAUUAUAUCUUUCACAUUUCAAGCAAUUUUGGGGUAAAACGUGUUAUCUAAAAGUCAAAAUUUGUGAUUGUGCAAAAUUCAGAUGCUUUAUAUUACAAAAUCAAUAUUUCACUUGUUUGUUUGUAAAAAUAAAAUGACUCGAGUCUUUGUUUACAUAACACAGAUUUAAGGCUAAAAUAUUGCUUUUAUCGUUCUAUUCAGAAGGUCAAAAUUUUGGCUGUCAACAUUAAAUGAGUUAUAUUUUCAAUGUUUAACAUAAAAAAUGAAAAAUAUUUUUAUCAAAAAUCGUGAACCAGUCCCUUUAAGUAUUGUGGUCCCAUAUAAUAGUGUUGUGCCAUGUCUCCAAUUUUUGAAUACAAAUGUAUUUGAUGUUGUAUUGUUCUUAAAAGUUUAUUUAUUUAGCAACCAAUGCCUGCAAUUCACAACACAUUUUUAUUUGUAAUGUAUACACAUAACAUAUAUAGGACAUGUACUCCCGUUUACCAAACGUCAAGAAUAAGAAUAGUUCUAGUUUUAUGACGAGUAAUAGUUCUCAUAAAUUUAUGCAGAAAAUAUUUACGAAAAAUUCUGUAGCACCUCAUUGUAUAUAAGUUCUGUGAAUUCUGAAUUUGUCUUUAUAAAAAUUCUUUAUCAGGCUAUAUUUGAGUAGUUGUUUGCCCUUACCUGAGAGACUGAAAUGAAACUCCCAGAUUCAAAGUGUAUUUACAUGUUUUGAUCCAGAGAUUUCUUGGUAGAUUUUAUUCUGAAUUUUGUGGGUAUCUAUGUAUCUCUGCUGCGUAGUUCCCUCCCUUUAGUUAAACAGCUUGUCUUUGUUAUUUAGAUCUUCCAGAAAUAAGUAAAGUUACCUAUUUACCAAACCAAACAAAAUGACAGCAGAGGGCAAAGAUCUUCAUAUUAAUAAAAACAUAUGCUAGUAACUGUACAUGGUGUGGUGGAGAAAUCUUUUUUCCCUAUCUUUUCUUUCACAUACUAAUAAAAUAGUUUGCAUUUUGUGUAUAUAGUUAUUCAUUGUUGAUUUCACAUGCUCUUAAACAACUCCAUAUUAAAACUUGAAAUUAUUGGUGAUA